GGAUGCGGAAGGAUCGAGGCCUGUAACCGGUGGGGUCUUCACCGUGUUUUACUGAGUGGGUCGGCUGGGCCGUGGAUUGGUCAGUGGGAUCUCUGCCCUGGGUCGGCUGGGCCGUGGAUUGAUGUCAAGAUGUAUGCGAGAUUGAGCACCUAUGUUUGGGGAGGUCAACUUCUGGGCAGUGGCCAGUUCCUGAAGCCAGCAGCCAUUUGUAUGGAGUUUGUAACCAGAGGUGGCAGAGCACUCUUGAGCAACGUAAACUGGCUGAAUAAUGGACACUUAGGAACAAAAACUCAUUGGAUCACCACUGGAACAGAAUGGCAGUUACAGGCCAGGUCUCUGGUUACCAACUGUAACCAGAAGGCAUUGAAACACCUUGGUACAAAACUGUUUUCCUGUUCCUGUACUAAGAGAGGACUGACUACUAAGAGAUCAAUUAUCCUGUCGGCUCAGAUCACUAGAACCCUUGUGAACUGUUCAUUGAAAAGUAUUCCAUCGUCAACAAAUCACAGAGCCACAAGUCAAUGUGUGAGAGAGAAGCUGCAUUUCCCAGCUGCGGGAAGGUUAUUGAGAACCCAUGCUUUAUUUAAUACUUGCCAUCUAUCUCGUAGAGUUAUAUCUGUUACACCAGGCAAUUUAAUACUCCUGACCCACCGACCAUUCUCGAAGUCCUCUUCAAACAAAAGUUUGGGUAGAUAUGCUGAGAGCCAACAGGUGACACUGCGGACCAAAUUACUAGUGACGUGCCUCUUUGGGACUGCUGUGAUGGGAUUUUGGUUCUAUGUUCACUUGGAAAAGAAGCAACAUGAGAAGGUGAAACGCCAGGAGCAGCUGAAGAAGUUGGCACUUGGUCAAGGUGACUUCAACUUGCUAGAUCACACUGGAAGACCCAGAACCAAGAGUGAGUUCUUUGGCCAGUGGGUGUUGCUGUACUUUGGGUUCACUCAUUGCCCUGACAUCUGUCCUGAUGAACUAGAGAAGAUGUCCAGUGCGGUGCAGAUUUUGGACAAGGACAGAGCAUUGCCGCCAGUCCAACCUAUCUUCAUCACAGUGGAUCCAGAGCGAGAUGGAGUGAAAGAGAUGGCAAAAUAUAUCAGAGAUUUUCACCCUCGUAUGAUUGGGCUAACUGGGACCCCAGAACAGAUCAAGGAUCUGGGGAAGGCAUAUCGGGUGUAUUAUAGUGCUGGUCCCAAGGAUGAAGAUAAUGACUACAUUGUAGAUCACACCAUUAUCAUCUAUCUUCUCAACCCUGAUGGGCUUUUCAUCGAUUACUACAAUAGGAGCAAAAAUGAUCAGGAAAUUGCUGAGAGUAUCCGAGGCCACAUGAAAACAUAUGUUCAGCUGUUCAGUUGAAGAAAAAUGGGAAGCAAUCAGCAAAUGUUUGCAUCAGCAUCAAUUACUGGAGAGGAAUUGAUUAGAAGUCCACCCCAUCUCACACAUGGACUAGGACCACAGAGCCUUUGCUGCUUGCAACUUCUCAUUUUUGCUCUGACACUUAGCCAAUCCUAACUAAAUCUGAUCAAAUGGGAAUUUUUGGCAAUGUUCAAACUUUUCUUCAAAUGAGCUGAAAUAUCAGCGAAGUGAUUAAGGAUUGUUCAUGUAAUGCUUAUAAUCUAGAUAUUGACUAAGAUUCAUUGCAAGAUUUGUUUAGUAAUCAGGGACAUAAAUGCCAAUCACUGCUGCUCACACAUUGUUACGCAGUUAAUAGGUGUGAGCAUUCACUUAAUAAUUUAAAUUAUAAUUGUUUGGAAUAACUUUGCACUGAAGCAGAACAUUAAUAUUUCAAAUUAUUGUUGUAAUAUAGACACCAAAUAGUUAAUACUUUCACUAGUUGAGUCAAAACCAUCAUUUGAUAAUUUAAAUCAUUGUUAGUAUAAUUGGGCAUGUCUAGAGCCCAGGAAGUUCAGAACUCCUCAGUACUUGUAUUUUUUGUUUGCAAAUGGGUCAUUAUUUCCUAUCUAUCUAAUGGAAUAUAAUCUGUAUAAUUGGACCCAAGAGUUGAAGCAAUAGAUUGUAACUCCUCUACAGAACAGACUUUAUAAACAGGGUGCUUAUCAGUCAGACAGAAACUUGAUACUUUAAACUGAGCAAAUCAAACCUCCAGUAGGCAGAACCAAUCACACUUUCUGCCAUGUACAGCUGCUUCAUACAAGAUGAUGGGUGCAAGAACAGGAUAGGACAGCUCAAUUGGCUUGGCAUAAACCUGAAUGAUGGUGAAAUAAGCAACUUUCUCAGCCCUUGUAACAUGAAGUUGCCAACAGGUGAAUAUGGAGAACCAGGAAUUGUGAAACCUAGCACAGGAAUCACCCAUGUUCCAUCCAGGCUCUGUCUGCAGUAUAGAGCUCUGGAUUUGAACCAGAAUGAUCAAAAAGUAUAAUGUGAUGUGGUUUAUGCAAAUUUGAGUAUUCUCCCUCAGGAUGGGAUAUACUCCUGUCUUAACACAAUUCAAAUAUGUUGUUUAAGAUAUUAUUUUAAUAAAUAUCAAGACAAUGCUGAACUUAAUAAAUUCAUAUUAAUGAUGCAAACUUCACCAGUACAUUCUAUGAAACUGCAUUUUGGAUAAAUUUUGUUUUCAUCCAAUGUCUGCACCCAGUAAACUGAGAUUAUACAUUAAAUAGCGUAAAGUAAGAAGAAUAUGUUAAAGGUGUUUUUAUACUCAUUUUAAGUAUCUGGUUAUCGCUGAUGAGGCUAGGACUUAUUGUCCAUGAGAAGAUGGUGGUGAGUUCCCAUCUUGAACCACUGCAGUCCUGGUAAAGGUAAUUCCACAGUGCAGUUUUAUAUGGAGUUAUUUGGAACUAGUGUAAUUGAUGGACAAGCAAUAUAUUUCCAAGUCACAAUGGUGCGUGAUGUGGAGGCAAAGCUGCUUGUGUUGAUGUUCCCAUGUGUCUGCUGCCCUUGUCCUUGGUGCUGGUAGAGUUUGGGAGGUGCUGACAGGGUAAUCUGGCAAGCAUUUUAUAGAUGGUAUACACUGCAGCCAAUGUGCAGAGAGAGAAUGAAUGUUUAGGGUAGUUGAUGAAAUGCUGAUCAAGUGGGUUGCUUUGUCCAGGAUGGUAUUGGGUUUCUUCAGAGCUGUUGGCAUUUCACUCAUCUGGUAAAUAGAGUAUUCCAUCAUGCUUCUAACUUGUGCCUUGUAGAUGGUAGAAAGAACUUGGAGUGGCAGGAGGUGAAUCAGUUGUUGCAGGACCCCUUGCAGUUAUAACCAGGGCAUUUAUAUGGCUUAGUUUCUGAUCAAUGGUGAUAUAUUAGUGGAAGAGGUUGAAGGGGACAUAUGGUGAAAUAUGGAGUGGAGGAGGCUGAAGGGGACUUGAGAGCAAUAUAUAAAAUUGUGAGGGGUGUUGCUAAGGGAUAGAAAAAUUUCCCUCAUAGCAGAAAAAUUUAAAAUUUGAAGGCACAAGUUUAGGGUAAGGCAUGUAAGAGAGAUCUGAGGAAGAAUUCUUUCACUCAGUGGGUGGCUGGAAUCUGGAACACAAUACUUGUUGGUUGUAGAGGCAGGCACUUUCUCAUUUAAAUUAUCUAGAUGAGCACAGGAAUCACCAAGGCAUACAAGCCUAUGGACCAUGUGCUGGUAAAUGGGUUUAGUACAGAUGAUACAUGGUCAACCAUGGACAUUGUGAUCCAAAAGGCUUGUUUCUGUGUUGCUUGACUUUGACGUGCAGGCAUGGGCUGCUUGAUAUGUAGAGGAGUUGAAUAUUGUGCAAUCACCAGGGAACGUCCCCACUUUUGACCUUAUGAUGGAAGGUCAUUGAUUGAUGCAGCUAAGAUAUUUAGGACUACGUUAACUGCUCUGUAGAACUCCUGCAGAGAUGUUCUGGCAGUGGGAUAAAUGACCUCUGACAAACACAAAGUAUGACUCCAACUAUUAUAGUCUUACUGACUGAAUGCAUGCUCAGCAAGCAGUCUGUUUUGUUCUGGAUGAAAAACUUGAAUGUUAUUAAAAUUGUACUCAUUCAAGUAGGUAGAGGCUGGUUAUUUCUCUUAACAUGUGCUUCAUACCAAUAGUUAGCAAAGCUUUAGGAAUAACCAGCCUCUGACUUCCUCGUGAUCUAUUUACGUAGAUAGUCCAAUUAAGUUUCUAGUCAAUGAUCACCAGCAUUUCGAAUGUGGGUAAUUCAACAAUCAUAAUGGCAGGGUGCAGCUAUUUUGGUUCUGUUGUUGAAGAUGGAUAUUUGCUGGCACUGGCUUGGCACAAGUGAUACCACUUAUUAGCCCAAAAUCUGGAUGUUGUCUUACUCUUGCUGUAGAUGGCAACUUUUGCUUCAUUACCUUUAGAAUUACAAAUAGAACAAAGAGCAGCACUUUCUUUCCCAGUGAAUUCUCAGAGUAAUAAAUCUAACUUCACAUUAUUUAUUAUGCAUUGUACAUCAUUGUUCUAAAUUUCUUAUUGAACCAGUUGUUUGUCUGGUUUGAUGAGAAUAUUAAAGUAAUGGAUAUGCUGAGACAUAAGGUUAGAUUGUCAUGGAAUUAAAUUCUGCUGCAGAAAUACUUCUGGCCUUGCCACUGACACAU